ACAACUCAUGUAUCAGGAAGUGGCAGAUGUUGCAGGUUGUACGAUGUGCACAUUAGAAAGGAAAGAAAGAAAGCGUUCAGCUGUAGCACCCUUCCGGUGCCUAGCUGCCAUGCCACCCGAAGGAAGCACGAGGGCUGGGAUACUGCCAGAUUGUCCAAGCCAAGACAAGGGAAGUUGAGUGGCGGAGGUCGGAUUCGAACCAGAACCUUUCGGUCAGUAAAUUCGCGCUCUAACCACUUGGGCCAUCUCUUUGUUUUCAAUGUCUCUGAAAUAUUAACUCGUCCCCUCUCAAAAACAUCGCAAAAGAAACCUCCACUUUGCACUGUGCUAACCUUUUACACUACCACAAUUGGCAAAAGAUAA